AUGCGGAAGGAGGCGUUUUUUGAGGCUGAUCUGCGGGGCUACGUGCGACAGCUGACCCAGCUGCGGCGGAAAGGGUGGCGAGAGCCGCUGGGGCUGCUGGCGCAACUGCCCUCCACUGAGGUGCGGCCCAACGUCAUCUGCUUCGGCGCCGCCCUGCCCGGCGCCGCCGGGCGCUGGCGGUGCUGCUGGCAGCUGCUGCGGGAGCUGCGGGGCCGGCUGCUGGAGCCCAGCGACGUGGUCUUCAAUACUGCCAUCUCCGCAUGCGAGAAGGCGCAGGCCUGGCGCGGCGGCUUCGCGCUCUUCGGCCUGGCAGGCUGCUGGGCGAAGGGCCAGUGUCUGGAGGCGAAGAACGGGCUGCUGCGGGUGGCCUGGGUUCGCGCGCUGGGCUUGGUCCCAGGUCAGCUGGAUGCCAUCUCCUUCGGCGCCAUGGUGACAAGCCUCCCGUGGCAACGGGCCGUGGGCUGCCUGCAGGAGGUGCUGCAGCGCCGGCUGGAGCCAGGUGGCGCCUUCCGCACAUCGCUGGUCUGCCGCCUGGGCCACCGCUGGCGCCGGGCGAUCUCGGCGAUCGGAGACGCCGGCGACGUGGGCGUCUGCAACGCGGCCAUGGCCGGCUGCGCGGCUUGCAGCAGCUGGGAGGCAGCGCUGGCGCUCCUCCGCAGCCUGGGCGACUCCGCAGAUCUCAUCAGCUACUCCACGAGCAUCAGCUCCCUGGAGGGCGACGGAGCUCGGGCGCUGCAGCUGCUGGCGGAGCUGCGGGACGCGGAGCUGCGCCCGGACGCGCGGCUGGUGGGGGCGGUGUUGGGGGCCACCAGCUGGGAGACGGGCCUGGAGAUCCUGGAGGCGCAGAGGGCCUGGGGCCUGGAAACGGACCUGGUGUGCCAGAACCGGUUUCUCGCUGCCGCGGAGCAGCAGGAGCAGUGGUUGCAAGCCACGGCCCUCCUGCGCGCGAGCUUCGCCGCGGAUCUGGUGACGUGGAACUCGGUGCUGAGCGCCAUGGAGAAGCGGCGCCAGUGGCGGGAAGCCUUCCAGCUCUUGCGCUCCCUGGCCCGGCGCGCGGCGCUGCCCGACGCCUUCUCCCGCAGCAGCGGCAUCAGCGCCGCGCAGCGGGUGGGGCGCUGGCGGAGCGCGGUGGAGCUGCUGGGAGGAUGGCGCCCGAAUCUGGUGGCCUACAAUGCGGCGCUGGCGGCCUGCGGGACUAGUGGAAGGAGCCGGUGGCGGCAGGGGCUGGCAUUGCGGGAGGACAUGUGGAGGCAGCGCGUGGCGCCGGACCGCCUGAGCUUCGUGGCGCUGGUGUCGGCCGCGGCAAGCCACGCGGCGGAGGCGAAGGCGGCGGAGGUGGCCGGGCUCUUCCGGGAGAUGCUUAGUGCCGGGCACCCGCCCAACAUGCUGGUCUACGAGGCGGCGCUGGGCGCGUUUUCGCGUGCCGGGCAGCAUGAGGAGAUCACCUCCAUGCUGGACACGGUGUGCGAGAGAGGCGUGCAGCUGCUGUUUCAGCUGUCCUGCAGGAAAAAGGGGAGCGGCCCGGCGCGAGUGCUGUUGGGCCAACAGGACUACUUUGCCCUCAAGCGUGAGAAGAACAAGCCGCUCUCGCGGGAGUCCAUCAAGGCCUGCGCCCGAGCCAUCAUCCUGGUGGUGGCGGGCCUGCACGCCAAGGGCCUGGUGCACCUCGACUUGAAGCCGGAGAACCUGAUGAUGUUCAACGGCCGCCUGAAGCUCAUCGACGUGGACGGCUGCGUGCCCAUCGAGAGCGAGGUCUCCAUCAACGAUUCCUCCAUCUCCUUUUCCCCAUGCUAUUGCGCUCCGGAGUGGGCGAGGUUCUUGAUCGACGAAGCGGAGAACAAGAUCAUCGCCAAGCCUCAUUUGGACGUCUGGAGCAUUGGCGUGACCCUCUGCGAGCUGGUCACGCUUGAUGCCAUCCUGAAGCCCAUGUAUGGCAACUUCCUGCGCAACGGCCACUCCCACCGCGAAGCAGGUUUCCUCUUCAUGGACUGGCUGGGGCACAUCACUCGGGCGCCGGUGCCCAAGAGCAUCGAGCGCUUCGACAAGGACUUCCACAAGCUCAUCGUGGAUGGGCUCCUAGUCACCGAUCACACCAAGAGGAAAUCCCUGGCCCAAUGUCUUUCUGACCCCUACAUCAUGGAGCUCAGGGAGGAGAAAGCGGAUCUGCACGAGGGCGAGAAGGUGGACCGCCAGCACCGGCACCGAUUCGAGGACACCUCCAGCAAGGCGCCGCUCUACAAGGGCACCUUGUGGAAGCUCAACACCGAUGGCAAUCCGGGAGACUCUACUCACUGGCUCAAGCGCGACAUGUGGGUGGCUUGCGACGGGUCCUUGUGCUACUUCAGCAUCAAGGAGAACAAGCGCCUGGUCCUGUUGGACGGCAUCAAGAUGGCCGGCGCCAAGGUGUCGGACGUGCCCAAGUCCGCCCGUGAGUUCGCGUUUAAGCUGGACUGUAUCAACAGCGAUGACCACGAGAAGGACAUCUCCAUGAGCUUUUGCGCGGAGUCCGAGGCGGAGUACCAGAAGUGGCGGUCCCUGCUGUCGCAAGCCACCAACCUGGACGGGGCCAUGCAGACCAUCCGCCUGGGCGGCGCGGUGGCGGAUGAGCUGAAACAGUUCAGGCUGGCGGUGAAGAAUCGCCGGAUGAAGGUGGGCGAAGACACCAAGGACCAGUUCGCGCCGAUCUUCAAGGCAAAGCUUUGGAAGGUCAAAGCCGAAG